CGAACUUCCUGCUGACAUGUUUUCCAGUUUACGGAGGUUGGACUUAAAAGGAAAAGAUAAACAAACUGAACAUGACUUCAAAAGUGAAUAGAAGUUCAGUAUUUGUCCUAAGAAUGGAAGACGAGCAGUAUUAUAUCUGCCUGCUUUAACGUAAAAAGUUUUGGUACGCUGUUCAUCAAGUAUUGCUUUUGAUGCAUUUUGUUCAAGGGCGAAGGGAUUUCAGUAGCUUGCUAGCUUGCUAAAUACAAAGCUACUGUAGACCUCUACAGGACAGUGGGUAUUAUCCAGCUUGCUCGAUUGUAAUACAGUGGGGACACAAAUGUCCGCAAGCUGCAGUUCAUAGUUGUCUAUUUUCGAAUUAACAUUAGGUCUUGCUACAUGUUAAUUCAAUAAACAAGGAUCAUACGCACUGCUGUGCUUUAAAGCGAAGUAUAAGCACAAUUAAAAUGUUGCCUUGACCGAUACAGUACAGUUUAUUUUUCACAAGAAAUAGCUCAAAAACGCUCUUCCGGUUUCCGCUACUACACAAGAACAGGUUUAACUACGAUUAAAGGGGAUUUAUGGGAUCACAAGUUUCUUCGGUGGCAAUGAGUGUGCGUGCGGGGCAGGGCAGCGACGAGGUGCUGGUGUCACAGGCUGUGUGGGAUUACCUGGCAGCUGCUGGACGACCCUGGCUGCUGGAGUUUCAGGACAAGCAGGGCCUGAGCGCAGGCAUCGUACGGCGCGGGGAGAGAGGAGGGUGCUGCGCAGUCAGGCUCAGACCCAUUGAGGGGGGUGCCAGGGCUGGGGGCGGGACGACAGGGGACCCGGUCUCCCCUGCCACCCGAAAAGCCUUCAUAGACCUGUGUCGCUGCGCUCGCAAGGAGAUGAGCAAACAGGAGGGGGCGCCCAAGAGGAAGCGGUCCCUGUUGCCCUGCGUGGGUGUGGUGGAGGCCGACGGAGAGGGAAGCCUGCUGCCGCCCCCGCCCCCCCAGCCCCGACGCUCCCAGAGGCAGCAGCUGAGGUGCACCAAGCCGGCCGACCUGGGAUCUGCCCUGCCCCCACCCGUGGGGCAGGAGGCCCCUCCCCACCAGGAAGCGGAGCUGGGCGCGGCGUCGUUCGCGGAGGGGGAGGACGUUGGCAUCAGCUGCUCCAUAUGCAUGGGGGAGAUGGUGGAGAGGACCACGCUGGACAGGUGCGGUCACGCCUUCUGCCGGUCCUGCCUGGACCGGGCCUUCCAGGUUAAGCGGGCGUGUCCUGUCUGCCGGUUGGUGUACGGCCAGCUGAUCGGCAACCAGCCCGCCAAUGGCAGCAUGAUGGUGGAAAGGGACCCAGACAUGGAGCUGCCGGGACACGAGGGCUAUGGCUGCAUCUGCAUCAUAUACAGCUUUCCUCCCGGCAUUCAGGGGCAGGAGCACCCUAACCCCGGGGUGAGGUACCCAGGGACAGACCGGGUGGCGUACCUGCCGGACAGCCCCGAGGGGAACAGGGUUUUGGGGCUCCUGCGGCGGGCCUUCGAGCAGCGCCUCAUCUUCACCAUCGGGACCUCCAUGACCACCGGCAUGCACAACGUCAUCACCUGGAACGACAUCCACCACAAGACCUCUAUCUGGGGCGGCCCACGCUGCUUCGGGUACCCAGACCCCACGUACCUGGUGCGAGUGACGGAGGAGCUUCGGGAGAAGGGGAUAACCGCAGACUGACGGUACGGAGGCGCCUCCGCCAGCCCCGGGCCCUGGCUCCGCCCCCACCUCCCCGACUCCUCCUCCUCCUUCUGCUGCUGCUGCUGCUCUGCACCACACAGGCCCCGCCUCUCCUCCAGGAGCCUGGACCAAUGACCGCACUGUCCCGGCGCAAAACACGGGUACGGGGGGGGGGGGGGGCGGGGGGGGCGCCCUCACCCAACUCCAAGCUCUUUCAUCUUAAAAAAAAAUAAAAUAAACAUAUAAUUAUCCCCCUCCCCCGCCCCUCCCUGUCUGAGAGGCCGGGUUGGGAAGGGGGGCUUUGGUGCAUCUGUAUUAGCGGGACCUUGGAAAGGGCCGGCUCCUCUGCACCUUAGCGAGCGCAGUGCCGGGUCGGACGGCGGGAACACAGCAGGGUGAAACCUAGAGCCGCUCGAAUGUCACCUUGGCACGAGAUUUUUGAGAGUUCGCAUAUAAGAUGUUUACUUUCCCUGUGUUUUUUUUUUCCUAUAUAUUUUAUUUAUUUGUGACUCUGUGCUUCAGGGAGCACAUGUUAUUGAACAGUAGUAUCCUCUGUCCUUUCCUCCAAUAAUUCUUUUUUGAUUAAAUCAGUUCCUAUCAUUAAAUGUUGCUGAGAGUUUCCAAUAAUGUCCAAAAAUCGACUCCGACAGAGGAGAGCACGGACUUAACGGUGUGGCACAGCCGCCCGCAGUUGUGAUGUCAGUUUAAGAAAAAAAAAAAAAAAGAUCAUUUAGAAGACAAAAAAAGCAGCAUUGCAAUCACAGCACUAACAGGCACUUUUGGUCAAUGUGCAAUGGAAGAAGGUGGUUUUGAGAGGGAGCACUGGUAGCGUGGCGUUCACUUUGAGUCUGACAGGGUGAUGUGGUUGCGCGUUUUCCGAGCUGCGAGCUCUUAUUUUCAGACCGGCCCUGGCAGGUUUGCCUCGGCCUUUGGCUUUCCCUUUAGCGGAUUUGUGUUGGAGGUAAGUUGUUACAGAGUAUUCUGCAUUGUCCUGUUUCAGCAGAGCAGUUGGCAUAAGAGCCUGCUGCUAAGAAGUCCAGGGAGGAGCAGAGCUUCUCAGCACUGUUCUUCUGUGAUGUGCAGAGAGGGCGGAGCUUCCCUGUACUGUUCUUCUGUUAUGCGUGGAGAGGGGGUGGAGUUUCUCAGUACUGUUCUGUGAUGCAUAGAGAGGGCGGAGCUUCUCGGUACUGUCCCAUUUUUUUUUUUUUGUCUCUGGCUUCCAGAGUAAGCCAUCAGCUGACACCUGAGUUUAAAAUCUGAUCUGUACCACGUACACUUGAAACAUUGUGCAUCACUGAUUUUAUUUUGGUUUUUAUUGGGGGUUUUUUUUUUUUGCUUUUUGUUUUAAAAAAAUUCAUAUUCCAUGAGCAGAUUUAUAAGAUGAUGUCAAAAUGAUAUACAAGGGCACAUAGAUCACUUAAACCAAAUUAAAGGCACAAUAAUCCAUUUCAUAAUUCCAGUUAUCUUUUUUAUUUUCUUUUUAACAAAUAAUAAUGCAUUUGAUUUAAUUUCAGUUCAUUUUAUGUAAAAUAUAAGUUCAGGCUGUAAUUAAAGCAGAUUUUAAGCAGCGUCAUUACAUUCCUCAUUUCUCUGCUGGAAUGUUGUCCUUUCAGCAAUUUAUUGUGCCUUUACCUCAUAUACAGUGAAGAACAUCUGAGCAUGUUGGUACAGAGAAAAGGUAACCUGUUCUUUUUUGGUUGAUACUUACACCCAAUUGGUGCAGUCAGCAGCAUUAAGAUUGUACAUGUAAUCUGGCUUUAACUGAAAUAUAUUCUGCUCUUAGCAUAAGUAUGUUAAUGUUUGCAUUGCAGUUAACUCCAGAGUAGCAAACGCAGUUACCCCUCACAUUUAAAGCUAGCUUUGUGUGCAGGUUGAAGAGAAGGAUGCAGGUUCUUAAAUGUACUUGAAGCGCAUUCUUCUAUGUUGGAAUUUUAGCAUUCAGUAGUAAAUGAAAAACAUGUAAUAAGACUUUCUUGGUUCCCGCCCUCCCACAUACAUUACACUUUUAUAUUUUGAGUUAUGGGACCAAUACAGAUUCUGUCUACAGGAGCCAGGAUAAUAGUUUACACAGGAACAUUCUACAUUCAGCGCAAACGUUUCUAUGCAGUAUCUAAAAAAAGAUAUAAAAUAAGAGUUAUUAAAAAAGUUGCACAUGAUUGUUAAUUAAAUGGUUCGAUUCCGCUUUUAUAGUUGUGUUGAUUUAUAUUUUUGACUGAAACUUCUUUAAUAAUAUUAAAUAAUUAUAAUAAUAAAAAAAAGAUGUGCUUUACAUUUUCUUACUUGAAUAAAGACUUUCUGUUCUAUG